AUGUUCCAGGUCGUUACAGCGCGAGCUUAUUCAGAUGAUCCACUUGGUGGGUUGCUGUCGAGGGUUUUAGCUGUCUGCGAGCUCGACGCUUCGCCAACGCACUCGCGCGGCAGCACGCAACAGCGUGGCACAUGCACUGCAGUAAAUUGGCACGCCUGCCAUCUAGCAGAACUGAACCAGGAAGAGCUCGCUUCAACUCGUUUCGCCUCGAAACGGAGGCGCCGCCGGGCGCCUCACGACUGCUGCCAGCCUGUCAAGCGGUCUGGGCAUCCUCGAGCAGCAUCGGCGAGGUGCCGACGGCCGUGUCUCGGGGCUUUGCAGAGCAAAACGGGAACGCGCGCCGAUCGCACACCCGCAGUCUGUUAUGGCGGACUUGGCUCUGCACUGACAAGAGGCCUCUCUAUGCCUGCCUGCUUGAACAUCGCGCGCGCGCGGCCCGGUCUCUUUUUCAUGGUGCUUCGGGUCAAGUGUAUCAGCAGCGGCAGCGGCGCCGCCUGCUGCUGCAGGGCGCGCGUAGCUCACUCGGCUCCGCACGGAGCUGCUGCAGGCUGCAGGAAGCAGAGCCACUGCCGCAACCGGCGCCGAAUCUGGCAGCGACGUAUGUACACUUCUCGGGCCCGACAGCCGGCGCUGGCCGGCCGAAAGUCGCUGCGGCGCAUGCAUAUCGGCGCAAUCCUUUUGACGCGCUCAAAUCGCGCCUGCACCAACCAUCAGGGCAUCGCGCGCGGUCCCUUCGACGAGAGACAAGAGAAGAGAGACGAAGCGGAGUUGUCCGCCGAAACAGGCCGCUUGAUCAUGGUCUUCAACCAGCCGACGUACGCUCGAGCCGAGCGCCCCGCGCUUCGCGGCGCGCAUGCACUUGUCCGUCGCGGACGUGUCGAGGUGACGUGGCCUUCGCGUCCGUCGGGCUCCGAUAGCGAUGCCCCCAUCGCCCCUUUACGGGUCCGUCGGGGGGAUGGUGGGGUGGCUUGGCUGGCUGAGAACGUUCGCAGGCGAUUGCAGAGACCGCGGUGGGGCAACAACAACAUGGCUCGCCUCGCAGCAGCGCGCUGUCAACAACGACAGCAUGACCGCGCCCGUCUUCCCCGCGGUACAAGCGGUACGCGACAUCCGCGCUUGAGGUGCAAGAACUUGAUGAAGACCGCGGGCGCUUUGCCCGGCAAUGCCCGCACGGCGGCGGCGCGGCUGGCUGGCUGGAACUGUGGCGUGUUGCACCCUUGCCGUGUCUUGAAGAGGAGUUCUGCCCAACGGCAUGGACAGUCGGUUUGA